AUGGCACUUUUGAGUUGGGAUUUUUCUGUCCCAACGGAACCACCAACUGGUAUGUUGGCAUCUGGUAUGCCCACAUCCCUGACAAGACCAUCAUUUGGGUGGCUAACAGAGGAACUCCCAUCAGAAACAUGCCCGGCGUUUUAUCUCUCUACAUCUGGUUAUCUCACUAUAUCUGAUUUGCAAGAAAAUGUCAUUUGGUCGAGUAAUGAUACUCAGCAAGCGAAGGCAUCAAGGGCUUCUAUACUGGACACUGGUAAUUUUGUUCUUUUAGACGCCCAAAACAGUUCUCAGACUGUGUGGGAGAGCUUCGAAAAUCCCACCGAUCAUUUUAUGCCUACCAUGAAGCUCUCCAAAGGCUUGAAAUUGUACUCAUGGAAGAGUUCGGUGGAUCCAGCGCCUGGGCCUUUCUUUUUCACGUUGAAUCCAUCUCCAGGAAAGACAGACAUUUUGGUGCAGUAUAAAAGUAGUGUUUCCUAUUAUAGCUCAGGAGAAUGGACUGGUAGAUCUUUUACCAGCACGCCAGGGGAAACAUCUUAUUCUGUACUUGUGCAGGAAUUUGUAGUGGUUUCUCCGACAAAUACGUACUACACAUAUUGGCUUUCACCCGAAGCCAGUUCAAUGAUGAUGGCGAGGGAAGUUCUCACCUCGGAUGGUCAGCUAUCAUUCUACAUAUGGGUUAAUAAUAUAAGCUGGAGCCUGCGUAAAACUUCACCCCAGACAAAUUGUGAGGUGUAUGGUGUAUGUGGGGCUUAUGGAGUCUGCUUCACCCAAGAAAACAUUAGGCCAUGCAGCUGUUUGCAAGGCUUCCAGCCAAGAAACGCUACUACCUGGAGUUCUCAGGAAUGGUGGUCAAGCGGUUGUGUUCGUCGUACUCCAUUAAACUGCAGUGCAAGUGGCAGCACAGAUGGUUUCCUCCAAGUCAGUAAUAUGUCCUUGUCAGAUAAGGAAGCGGCUCUUCAAAAUACCCAAGAGUCGACUCUACAAGGAUGUAAAACUGCUUGUCUCAACAAUUGUUCCUGCACGGCCUUUGCUUUCAUUAUUUCUAAUUGUAAAUUGUGGUUUGGUGAUCUGUUAAGCAUGCAGACUAAUUCAAAUGACGGUCAGCCCUUGUUCAUUCGAUUAGCUGCUUCUGACGUGUCACAGUUGUUAGCUCAUGCAGAAAAAAGCAGUACCAGAGUAGUUGCACUCUCCAUUUCAAUUCCUUUGGGGGUUGCCGUUUUGGGUACUCUGUUCAUUGUUUCAUGGCUUAAUCAGCGUAGGCGCCGGAGACUGCUUCAUAAUGUCGACGACUACGACACACCAACAUCGAUCAGAGCAUUCACCUACAAAGAACUCAAAACUGCAAGUAAUAAUUUCGCCCAUAAGUUGGGAAAGGGAGCAUUUGGCUCUGUCUUCAAAGGAACUCUGUCAGACAAUACACUUGUGGCCGUGAAAAAAUUAGAGGGUUCCCCACAAGCAGAAAAGCAAUUCCGUGCUUAA